ACUGAUGCACGCCGUUGAUUGGUUCCCGACUAUCGCAGAGGCUGCUGGGAUACAAAACAAAGAGCCGGACCAGGACGGGAUGAGCCAGUGGUCAGCCAUCAACUCACGUGGCCCCGCGCUCAGACAGGAAGUGGUGUACAACCUGGACUAUCACUCUCUGCCACUGCAGGGCCAGGCGGCCAUCAGGGUGGGCGACUAUAAGCUGAUCGAAGGGUUCCCGGGAAUGUACGAGGGGUGGUACAAGCCAGACACAGUGUACAAGGAGCCUCUGGGGAACCUCACGCUAGACCUGAACAACCUGCCCAAGCUCAACAUUGGCGAGGACUUCCAUGUGUUCAAGUACCUGUUUAAUCUCAAAGAUGACCCAACGGAGCACAACAACCUGUACGACAAACUGCCGGAUGUGGUGAAAAUGAUGGAGGGGAAGCUGGAGGCAGCCAAGAAACGAUAUGUGGCCCCCAACUUCCCGUCCGCUGAUCCCAAGUCCAACCCUCAGAACUAUGGCGGCGUCUGGACCCCGGGCUGGUGCUAGUACACACUGGCUACGCACUGGCUACACACUGGCUACACACUGGCUACAAACUGGCUACAUAUCGGCUACACACUGGCUGCACACUGGCUACACGCCGGCUACACACUGGCUACACACUGGCUACACACCGGCUACAUACUGGCUACACACCGGAGACACACCGGCUACACACUGGCUACACACUGGCUACACACCAGCUACACACUAGCUACACACCAGCUACACACUGGCUACACACUGGCUACACACCGGCUACACUCUGGCUACACACUAGUACAUAUACACUGGCUACCACUGGCUACCACUGGCUACACACCGGCUACACGCUGGCUACACACCGGCUACACACGGGUUACACACUGGCUACACACCGGAGACACACUGGAGACACACCGGCUAUACACCGGCUACACACUGGCUACACACACUGGCUACACACCGGCUACACAUGGUGACCCACUGGUGACACACCGGCUACACACUAGCUACACACAGGCUACAUACUGGCUACCACACUCACACCCACACACACCUAUCUAUCUAUCUAUCUAUCUAUCUAUCUAUCUAUCUAUCUAUCUAUCUAUC